GUUCUGUUUACUACAAAGAUGUCCUCCCUGCUAGCUGCUUUUUCGAAGCUGCUCAACAUAAUGUAACAUACUCUAAAAACAGAUUGCACUUUAUAUCGGUACUAAUAACGUUCUUCCCUGUGCGAGCUUCCUAAAGACUUCCGAAAAUGCAACUGAGGCAUCUGAAAACACUGUUAACACCCCAGGACAGUGCUGCCAAAGUGACAUGCAUGGCCUGGGCUCCGAAUAACACCAAGUUCGCUGUGUGCACGGUGGACAGGGUGGUGCUGAUCUAUGAUGAGCAGGGGGAGAGGAGGGACAAGUUCUCCACCAAACCCCUGGACUCCAAGUAUGGGAAGCAGAGCUACAUUGUCAACGACAUGGCGUUCUCCCCCGACUCCACAAAAAUCGCCAUCGGCCAGUCGGACAACAUCAUCUUCGUGUACAGGAUUGGAGAAGAUUGGGGCGACAAGAAAGCUAUUUGCAACAAAUUUGUUCAGACGAGCGCUGUGACCUGCUUGCUCUGGCCUGCCGAUCAAUCCAUUGUUUACGGAUUAGUGGAUGGCAAGGUUCGCCUCGCCAACACUCAGACAAGCAAGUCAUCAACCAUCUACGGCACCGAGUCCUGCGUUGUCUCACUGGCAUCCAAUGUUUCUGGUAAAGGCAUCCUGUCGGGCCAUGCUGACGGGACGGUCGUGCGAUACUUCUUUAACGACGAAGGCUCGGGGGACUCUCAGGGGAAGCUGCUGAUGCACCCGUGCCCGCCCUACGCUCUGGCCUGGGCAGCGAACAGCAUCAUGGUGGGCGGCUGUGAUAAGAAGGUGGUGGCGUACGGCAGAGAGGGGCACGUUCUGCAGACCUUCGAGUACAGCCGCGACCGCACGGAGAGGGAGUUCACCGUCGCCGUCACCAGCCCCAGCGGACAGUCCGUCGUGUUCGGCAGCUAUGACCGGCUGCGGGUGUUUAACUGGGCUCCCAGGAGAGGAGUGUGGGAUGAAGCGAAGCCCAAAGAGAUUCUCAACCUGUACACCAUCACCAGCCUGGCCUGGAAGAAAGACGGAUCACGCCUCUGUGCCGGAACUCUGUGUGGGGGGGUGGAGCUGUUUGACUGCUGCCUGCGAAGAACCAUCUAUAAGAACAAAUUUGAGAUGACCUACGUGGGCCUGAGCCAGGUGAUCGUGAGGAACCUCUCCACGGGGACGCGGGUGGUGCUGAAGUCUCACUACGGUUAUGAGAUAGAGGAGGUGAAGAUCAUGGGCAAAGACCGCUACCUGGUGGCUCACACCUCCGACACCCUGCUGCUGGGAGACCUGCUGACCAACAAGCUGAGCGAGGUGGCCUGGCCUGGAUCUGGGGGAAACGAAAAGUUCUUCUUUGAAAAUGAAUCAGUGUGCAUGAUCUUUAACGCUGGGGAGCUGAGCCUGGUGGAGUACAGCAACAAUGAGAUCCUGGGAUCUGUCAGGACCGAAUUCAUGAACCCCCAUCUCAUCAGUGUCCGACUCAACGAGAGGAAGCAGAGAGGAGUGGAGGACAACAAGAAGCUCGCUUACCUCAUCGAUAUAAAGACCAUCUGUAUUGUGGACUUGGCUGGAGGCUACAAUCUGGGAACCAUCAACCAGAACUCCAAGAUCGACUGGCUGGAGCUGAACGAGACCGGACGCAAGCUGCUGUUCAGGGACAAGAAGCUGCGGCUCCACCUGUACGACAUCGAGACGAGCGUGAAGACCACGCUGCUUAGUUUCUGCUCCUACGUGCAGUGGGUUCCCGACAGCGAUGUGGUGGUGGCUCAGAACCGAGGGAACCUGUGCGUCUGGUACAGCAUCGAUAGCCCCGAGAGCAUUACCAUGUUCCCCAUCAAGGGAGACAUUGUGGAUCUGGAGAGAGAGGACGGAAAGACGGAUGUGAUCGUGACGGAGGGCGUGAGCACCGUGACGUACACGCUGGACGAAGGCCUCAUCGAGUUUGGAACGGCCAUCGAUGACGGGGAUUACGACAGAGCCACAGCAUUCCUGGAGACUCUGGAGAUGUCGCCAGAGACUGAAGCCAUGUGGAAGACGCUCAGCAAGCUGGCUCUGGAGGCUCACCAGCUGCACAUCGCAGAAAGGUGUUUUGCUGCGUUGGGGGACGUCUCAACUGUGCGCUUCCUCCACCAAACUAACCAGAUUGCGGACAAAGUUUCAGAUGAAAUGGGUGGAGAUGGAACAGAGUUCUUCCAGGUGCGAGCGCACAUCGCCAUGCUGGAUAAAAACUUCAAACUGGCCGAGAUGCACUACAUGGAGCAGAACUCCAUUGAUGAAGCCAUAGAGAUGUACCAGGAGCUCCACAUGUGGGAUGACUGCAUCGCUGUGGCAGAAGCUAAGGGCCACCCGGAGCUGGACAGCCUGCGUGGAAACUACUACCAGUGGUUAACGGAGACUGGUCAGGACGAGAAGGCCGGGGAGGUGAAAGAGGGCGAGGCAGACUUCCAGGGAGCCAUCAACCUCUACCUGAAGGCCGGACUGCCCGCUAAAGCCGCCCGGCUCGCCAUCAGCCGUCCGGAGAUCACCAGCAACAGCGACACCAUCAGCCGCAUCGCCGCCAGCCUCAUUAAGGGGGAGUUCUACGAGAGGGCGGGAGAUCUGUACGAGAAGAUCAGAAACAACCAGAGAGCGCUGGAGUGCUACGUCAAAGGAGGGGCCUUCAGGAAAGCGGUGGAGCUGGCUCGCCUCGCCUUCCCUGCUGAGGUGGUGAAACUGGAGGAGAGCUGGGGAGAUUACCUGGUCCAGCAGAAACAGAUGGACGCCGCCAUCAACCACUUCAUUGAAGCCGGCUGCUCGCUCAAAGCCAUCGAGGCGGCCAUCGCAGCUCGCCAGUGGAAGAAAGCCGUCCACAUCCUGGAGCUGCAGGAGGAUCCAGCUGCAGGGAAAUACUACGUGAAGAUCGCUCAGUACUACGCCUCCCUGCAGGAGUAUGAGGUUGCAGAGCAGCUGUUUGUGAAAGGAGGACACGUCAAAGAUGCUAUAGACAUGUUCACCACAGCAGGACGCUGGGAGGAGGCUCAUAAGUUGGCGGUGACGUGCAUGACGGAGGAGGAGGUGACGGCUCUGUACAUCAGCAGAGCUCAGGAGCUGGAGAGAGAUCUGAAAUUCAAGGAGGCCGAGAGGCUGUUUGCCACAGUGAAGCAGCCGGACCUGGCCAUCACCAUGUACAAGAAGACGAUGUUUGAUGACGUGAUUCGCCUCGUGGCCAAACACCACCCCGACCUGCUGACGGAGACACACCUGCACCUGGCCAAGGAGAUGGAGGCAGAAUCCAGGUUCUCCGAGGCAGAGUAUCACUUCAUGGAGGCUGACGAGUGGAAAGCUGCGGUGCACAUGUACAGAGUCAACGAUAUGUGGGAGGAAGCUCACAGGGUGGCUAAGAGCCAUGGGGGUCCAGGAGCCCAGAAGCAGGUGGCCUACCUGUGGGCCCGCAGCCUCGGGGGGGAGGCGGCCGUCAAGCUGCUCAACAAGUUCAACCUCCUGGAGUACGCCAUCGAGUUCGCUGCUAAUAACUUCUCGUUUGACUUUGCCUUUGACCUGGCUCGUGCUUCGUGCAAAGAAAAGAUCCCUGAGAUCCACCUCAAACACGCCAUUUACCUGGAGGAUGAGGGAAAGUUUGCUGAGGCCGAGUUUGAGUUCAUCAAAGCCGGGAAACCCAAAGAGGCCGUGUUCAUGUACGUCCACAACAAGGACUGGGCCAGUGCGCAGCGGGUGGCGGAGGGACACGAUCCGGACAGCGUGUCUGAGGUUCUGGUCGGCCAAGCCAAGUUCUGCUUUGAACAGAAAGAGUUCCAGAAGGCCGAAGCUUUCCUGCUCCGAGCUCAGAGACCGGAGCUGGCUGUCAAAUAUUACAAGGAUGCAGACAUGUGGAGCGAUGCCAUGCGUAUCUGUAAGGAGUACAUCCCCAACAAGCUCUCCCUGCUGCAAGAGGAGUACGAGAGGGAGACCUCCAAGAAGGGAGUCGGGGGUGUGGAGGGUCUGCUGGAGCAGGCUAAGGAGUGGGAGCAGUCGGGUGAACACUCCCGGGCCGUGGAGUGUUAUCUGAAGGUGAAGGACGACUCCAACUCCGCCCUGAUGGAGAAGUGCUGGAUGAAGGCAGCAGAGUUGUCCAUCAAGUUCCUGAGUGCAGAUCGAGCGGUGGAGGUGGUGCAGAUGGUCGGACCUCGACUCACGCAGCUGAGGAAGUACAACGCUGCCGCUGAGCUGUACCUGAACAUGAACCUGAUCAAAGACGCCAUCGAUGUGUUCAUCGAGGGAGAGGAGUGGAACAAAGCCAAGAGGGUCGCCAAGGAGCUGGAGCCCAGGUACGAGGAUUAUGUGGACCAGAAGUACAAAGAGCACCUGAAGAACCAAGGCAAAGUGGACUCUCUGGUGGGUGUGGAUGUGAUGGCGGCUCUGGACAUGUAUGCAGAGAGAGGCCAGUGGGAGAAAUGUCUGGAAACAGCAUCCAAACAGAACUUCAAGAUCCUCCAGAAGUACGUGGCUCUGUACGCCACACACCUGAUCAAAGAGGAGGACGCUCCGAAGGCUCUGCAGCUCUACAUCCAGCACGGAGCGCCCCCCAACCCUCAGAACUUCAACAUCUACAAGCGCCUGUUCCUGGAUCUGAUCAACCUUCCCGACGGACCGGAGUCCUACCGGAUGUGGGCCGACCUCCGCAACUUCCUGCUGCAGCUGUGUGAGAACCUGUCCCGGUCUGCAGAGGCUAACUCUCCGGCUCACGAGGACUUCGAGCAGAUGCUGCUGAUCGCUCACUACUACGCCACAAGAUCCGCCACCAGAGGAGUCACACAGAUGGUCAGUCUCCCAGCCAAGCUGUCGGUGUCUCUGCUGCGUCACACCGAGCUCGUCCCUGCAGACAAGGCUUUCUACGAGGCCGGCCUGGCCUGCAGGGCUGUUGGCUGGGAGAACAUGGCCUUCAUCUUCCUCAAUCACUUCCUGGAUCUGUGUGAUGCGUUUGACGAGGGGACGCUGGAUGCUCUGGACCACACCGACUUCCUGGACACAGACAUCCCCUUCGAAGUUUCAGUCCCCACCAAACUCUGCGUCACCGAGGCGCAGCGGGAGGAGAUCCGUGACUGGGUGCUGAUGGUUUCCAUGGACAAUCGCUUGGAGCAGGUUCUGCCGCGUGACGAGAGGAACUCGUACGAAGCGUCGCUGGUGGCCGCCAACACCGGCCUACGCUCUCUGCCCUGUGUCCUCACCGGUUACCCGGUGCUGAGGGACAAGAUCGAGUUCCCAUCUGUGGGGAAAGCGGCCAACAAGAAAGACUGGAACAACUUCCUGGUGACCACAAAGACCACUCACAGUUCAGAGUGUCAGGACGUCCUCAAGUUCAUCAGCCAGUGGUGCGGCGGGCUGCCGGCAUCUGGGUUCUCCUUCCAGUGAUACACACACACACACACACACACACACACACACACACACACACACACACACACACACACACACACACACACACACACACACACACACACACACACACACACACACACAAACACACACUCAUUCCUACUUAUUGUUUUGCUUCCAUUUCUGCUGCAAGAUUUGAAAUACUUGAUCCAUCCGUCUUCUUCUUUCUCUUCUCCAUCGCUCUGUCUUUCACGUACAACUAUAUAUAUUUAUUUAUUUUAUUUUUCGUUUAUAUUCUGUGCAACUUUGGUGGUAAAACAGCAUUUUAAGAACCUCCUCUGCACUUCCAUGUAUGUAAUCCUGUGGGAAAUACCUUUAUUUAUCGGAAAUUUCCGUCACAUUUGAAGCAGUUUAAUAAAAAUUAAAAAACAUCCGGCCAUUUUACCAAUAAAAAGAAUAUAUGUUAAAUGAAACAAUAUAAAUUCCUACCCAGGACAGUAAAGCAACUGUAAUUGGUUGAAAAAGUAUCGUAGUCAUGCCCUUUAACCCCUAUCACUUCUUUAUAUCCGUUAUUCUCUCACAGCCGGUUGGAAACACAUCGCUAGUCCCUGUAGCUUUUAUUUAAAGUUGGGUUUGUUAGGGGACUAUUUUCUGCGGCGUAUUGAUCCACAUUUGGGGCUCUAGUGAGUAUUUGCUGCAGCAGGAAAGUGUUUCCGGGAUGUAAUGAACAUGUCCUCCAGUGCAACAGUGGUGUGUUUCGGGACAACAAAUGGAGCUCUAUUUUGAAUUUUAGACAUCAAUUUUAGGAUGACAGGACACACAAUCCCCCUGCACCUACAGUUCAUUCUUAUCCUCCAAAUACUCAGUGACAUUCCUCCACUUCCCGUCAUCUUUUCCUCCUUUCUUUCCUCCCCUCUUCCUCUCAUCAGAAGGACUUUCUCUCAGGAUGGUGUCGCUGAAUUAAAGCCAAAGGUUUCUGUCAGAUGUUAUGAUACUCUAAUAUGUUAAACUGGUAGUCUGCUGACAGUGAGAGGGACUAUUUAACGUCUGAUAAAGGAGCGUUUUAUUCUCAGUGUGUCUCAGAAGCCGGGGUCUCUGGCAAUGCCUUCAAUGUGUGUUUCAUAUGGAAUGUAUUUUGUUUAAUAAAGUCAAAAUAAAGAUAGUUUUAAAGCA